AAGAAAAAGACAAAAAUAGGAAUGUAUGGCAUUUUGGAAAGCCAAAACCAAGAAAAACAACAGAAACAACCCCGUUAAUUGGACAACGCCACCCUCCUCAACGCUUCUUCCUUCCUUCCCGUUCUUCCUCCGCCCCUCCCGCCGUCGCCUCUAGAAUGGAUUCCGCCGUAGAAGACGCCCCUCUCCGCUCCGUCUACCUCGGGGUCGACGUUGGCACUGGCAGCGCUCGCGCAGGUUUGUUUGAUAUAGAAGGAAAGCUUCUAGGUUUUGGAAGUUGUCCUGUACAAAUCUGGAAGGAAGCUGAUUGUAUUGAGCAAUCUUCAACCGAUAUCUGGCUUGCUGUCUGUUCAGCCGUGAAAUCAGCGUGCUCUCUUGCAAAUGUAGAUGGAAAAGAAGUAGUGGGUAUCGGUUUUGCAGCAACAUGUUCCCUUGUGGCUGUAGAUGCUGAUGGGUCACCAGUCACAGUGUCCUGGAGUGGUGAUUCUAGAAGAAAUGUCAUAGUUUGGAUGGACCACAGAGCUGUAAAGCAAGCUGAACGGAUCAAUGCUUCCAACUCACCUGUAUUGCAAUACUGCGGGGGAUCUCUUUCUCCUGAGAUGGAGCCACCUAAGCUUUUGUGGGUUAAGGAAAACCUCAAGGAGUCUUGGUCGAUGGCUUUUCGGUGGAUGGAUUUAAGUGACUGGCUGUCCUAUAGGGCAACUGGUGACGAUACGAGGAGCCUAUGCACCACUGUUUGCAAGUGGACAUAUCUGGGUCACGCACACCUAGAGCAAUUGGAUGAGAAAAAUUCUCGUGAUAUGGAAGCUUGUGGUUGGGAUGAUGGCUUUUGGGAGGAGAUUGGCUUAGGUGAUUUGAUCGACGGACAUCAUGCCAAGAUUGGCCGAAGUGUAGCUUUCCCUGGGCAUUCUUUGGGCUCUGGUCUAACACCAGCUGCUGCAAAGGAACUGGGUUUGGAAGCAGGCACUCCAGUAGGAACAUCUUUGAUUGAUGCCCAUGCUGGUGGGGUUGGGGUCAUGGAAAGCCUGACAGCAUCUGAACUGAAUUGUGAAGUUGAUGAGAAGGAAGGAAUCUGCCAUCGUAUGGUCUUGGUUUGUGGAACAUCUACUUGCCAUAUGGCUGUAUCUCGCAGCAAGUUGUUUAUUCCAGGGGUCUGGGGGCCAUUUUGGUCUGCAAUGGUACCCCAAUUCUGGCUUACAGAGGGCGGCCAAAGUGUCACUGGGGCACUCUUGGAUCACAUAAUUGAAAACCAUGUAGCUUCUCCUCACCUAGCCAAUUGUGCUGCAUCUCAGGGAACUACAGUGUUUGCACUUCUAAACAAGAUGUUAGAAUCGAUGAGUCAGGAGCUAAAUGCCCCGUUUCUUUCUGCUCUGUCGAAGGAUAUUCAUGUCCUUCCCGACUUUCAUGGGAAUAGGUCUCCUGUCGCAGAUCCUAAUGCAAAAGGGGUGGUCAGUGGUCUUACACUUGACACAAGUGAAAAGCAACUUGCUCUUUUUUAUCUUGCCACUGUACAAGGUAUUGCAUAUGGUACACGCCACAUCAUUGAGCAAUGCAAUGCCAAUGGCCACAAAAUAGACACCCUUCUUGCAUGUGGUGGACUAGCAAAGAAUCCUUUGUACAUACAAGAGCAUGCAGAUAUUACAGGAUACCCAGUCAUUCUCCCACGGGAAAAUGAGUCUGUUCUAUUGGGUGCUGCUAUUCUUGGUGCUGUUGCAGCGAAGGAAUAUCCCAGCCUCCAUGAGGCAAUGAAAGCACUGAAUGCAGCGGGCCAGGUCAUUCAUCCAUCUAAAGAUCUCAAUGUCAAGAAGUACCACGAUGGCAAGUAUAAGAUUUUCCGCGACCUUUAUGAAAAACAAGUCUCAUAUAGGUCCAUCAUGGCUGAAGCUUUGGCUUAGGUGACAUGGUAGCAUCCUUCUGCUAUAAGAUGAGGUUUCCAUAGAGUUUAUAUGUUUUGUCACUUCAUUUCUCUCGUACAAACUUCAUGUUUGAGAGGAAUCGCUACUUGUUGUAAAUUUCAUCUUUUUUCUUUCCCCUUUAUACCUCUCCCCUUGCUUGUCUAUUGGUUGCUUCAUUUCUAGAACAACAUUUCUUGUACAGUUGUUUGUUUUGUAAUUCGUUGUUUAUGUCUUGUUGACUUAUUGGUUACGGUUUUAACAACGAAACCGGUUUUUGUAAAAGGCGCAUUGAGGAGGAGUGCCUGAUUUUUGCGUAGCUAGAUUUACGAACUCUUGCUUUACGAUUUCAAGUAUCAAGGAAUUGCUGAUUAGCUGCUA